AUGCUCAGUUCCAUGCUGAAGAACAUGAUUGUCUCCAAGUUCAAAUUUCCCUUUAAAUUCACAAGUAGAAACAAGAAACAAAUUGCGAGUAGCUUUGUCAGUGAGACGGAUGUUAGCAAAGAGUAUCUGGAGGCAUUUAGGACGAAAUCAUACAUGGAGAUUUGCGACAAACUGGAAAGCUACAUAGGCUUCGAAAAUGAAUCAUAUUCAUCUUCAUCCUCUAUUCGUGAUCAUUAUAUUCAUCACUGUGACAUACUAGCUGAACCACAAAAGGAAGCCAUGGCUAACCUAGCCAAUACCUAUGAUAUUGAUCACUGCCUACUCCUUGACUUCUUCGAUGCUGGUUCAGAAUCAUGGAAGUUAUGUGAAAAACUUCUGCACUCUAUCCAUCAAGAAAAUGCUAAUCGUCUUAGCACCGCAAGGAUCAUAAAGCUUGCCGAAAGGGUUCCAAAAAGUGAUCAACGCACUAGAAUAUACAAAGAACUCGCCUUGUAUUCGUCUUUGGGGAACCCUCUAUCGGAUUUCAGCCUAGAAAUGUUCCCCAAAAUCAACAACCACCUUAAACUCUUGCUGAAGAGGUUAACCACAAAUCAGGCAAGGUUAAAAAGAAAGCGAACACUCAUCAUGUGUAUGAAAAAAGCCAUGGGUUGCGCUCUUGUAGCUUCGUAUACAGUGUUAGCAGUUGCACUGCUUGUUCUUGCAUUUCAUGGAUUGAUUGGGAUCGUAGUAUCUGCAGGGUUGAUCUCUUGUUUUUUGGGUUUAACUAGGAAGGCAAACGCAACCAAGAAUGGUCUCAAAACGAGCGAGCUUAAGAGGGUUGGUUUGUUACUAGAUGUGGCUGCAAAAGGGAUUUACACAUUGAUCAAGGACUUUGAUACAAUAGGUUCGCUUGUACGAAAAUUACACAAUGAAGUCGAAUUCGGGAGGACAAUGGCUAGUAAAUGUGUUGAUGAAAACCUAAAGUCCGAUGUGUUAGAGGAAGUACUGAGGGAGUUUGGAGUCCAUGAGAGUCGCUUCAUGGAACAAAUGGAAGAACUUAAGGAUCAUAUUUACUUGUGUUUGCUCAAUGUUAAUAGAUCAAGAAGGCUCCUGGUGAAAGAGAUAAUGCCUGUAGUUGCAAAGGUAUUUGAAGAUCUUUAA